AUGUUUAGUUUAAUAUCAACAAUACUUUUUUAUAGUUUUUUAGUAUAUUGUGUUUUAUCUUUUAUCAAAAAGAAUAAAAAAAGAACUAAAAAUGAUCCUCCCAUGCCAAGUUUUAAUCUUCCAUUCUUGGGAUCAACCUAUAGGUUUGAAUCUUCAGUUGUUCAAUCUUUGUUAAAGUUUACUAAACAGUAUGGAAAAGUAAAUGCACUUUGGGUUGGUGAUUUAUAUACAUUGAAUGUUGCCGAUGCUGUUUAUAUCAAGGAAAUAUGGACCAAACAUAUCGAUAACUUUAUUGAUAGACCAAAUACUAAAAUCCUUGCUGCAUUGUCUGAUGAUCAUACUGGACUGAUUGGAUCGGGAGGUAAAGAGUGGAAUAGAAACAAGGAAUUGAUUGGAGGUUACUUUUCAAGUUUGAAAUUAAAAUCACAACUACCAAGAAUAUCAGAACUUUGUAUGCAAACCAUCGAUAAAUUGACCAAACAACCAAACACUCCAAUCAAUCCAAGAGGAGUAUUUAGAGAAUAUUCAAUGGAUGUGAAUACCGGACUCAUCCUCUCUUUGGAACCAAGCCAAAUGAACAAACAGUACAGAGAAAUGGAAGGUAGAUUUGACAGAUUCCUUCAUGGAAAUAGUCCUGCCUCUCUCUUUUAUUGUAUUGAUAUUCUGAGUAUCCUAUUUUCUUACAAAUUUACAGAUGCUCGUAAACAAAGACAAUAUCUUAUUGAUUAUGUUAAAUCAAUUUAUGAUGAUCAUGUUUCAACUUUAGAUCCUGAAAAACCAAGAGAUUUAAUGGAUAAAAUGAUUAUGGAGGAAGGCGAUGAAAUGUCAAUUAUCAAUACUGUUAUUGACUUUUAUCUUGGUGGUGUUGAUACUACUGCACUGGUACUUCAACUUUUCUUCUUGUCUGUUACAAACAAUGAAGGUGUACAAGACAAGGUGUAUGAAGAACUAAAGUCACUUGCCAGUAAAAGACAAUCUGAACUUGGUCUUGACUCUACCACUGAACCAUACCAAUUUACAUUUGCUGAUCGUUUAGAAACACCCUAUUUGAAUGCAGUUAUCAAGGAAUCACUUCGUAUCUACCCACCUACUCCAAACUCUAUCCUAAGAGAAUGCAACCAAGAUAUAAUGGUGGGAGACUAUUUUAUCCGUAAGGGUGCAAUGGUGAUCCAGAAUAUUUGGGCAGUUCAUCACGAUGAAGAUUAUUAUCCAGAGCCUAAUAAAUUCAUCCCAGAAAGAUUCCUAGAGGAUAACCAUGCCUCUCACUAUUUCCCAUUUGGUAUUGGUGGUAGAAGUUGUCCAGGUUCCAAUGUAGCUGAUAUCACUCUCUUCCUUUUAUGUGCCAACCUGCUAUCAAGAUUUAAAAUCAAAUCUGAAGAUGGUGGUUCCAACAUUAAAUGUGAUAUCAAAGAUGGUAUCAUGCUUCAUCUUAGUCCUUUUAAAGUUUUAUUUGAUCAAAGAUAA